AUGGAAGACGUGUUACCAGAAAGUGUCAUGUUGGACGUUUUAUCCAGACUUCCAGUCAAAGCAAUCGUCCGCUUCAAGUGCGUGUGCAGAAAGUGGCGUGAUCUUGUUUCCGAUCCUUACUUUGUUCGUCUUCAUCUCUCCAGAUCGCAUGAAGCCCUGAUGAUUUAUAAAUGCUGCAUUGGUACGCAAGGAAGUUUAGAGUGGGUUGAGAUGAUGGAACACGAAGAUAAGUACCACCUCCACCCUGUGAAGAGCCUAAUUUGUGUUAGAGGUCCUCCUUUUAGUUUCGCGGGUUCCGUCAAUGGUUUGAUCUGCUGUUAUCGUCCAUAUGAUUCAGUUUACAUAUUAAAUCCUGUUUUGAAAGAAUAUAUGAUCCUUCCUAAACUACAAUUGGAGAAUGAGAUGUGUAGUUAUGGUUUCGGUGUUUCAACAGUAGGGGAAUACAAAGUGAUACUUUGCAACCCGACAGUAAGCUUUGUCCAAAAUAAGGUUUACGGGACUGAUCAUACUUUAGUUCACACUAUUGGCACUAACCAAUGGAGAGUUUUGGGACAAACUCCUAACCACACAAACUCAAUACAGAUAGGCCCUGGUGUAUUUCUAAAUAGUCAUGUGUAUUGGCUUGGUUAUGGCCAAGUUUACGAUUUUGAUUUGAAUACCGAGACAUUUGAGUUAUUUCCAUCUCCUAGUGGACGUUACCGAAAAUCCAAGUUAGGAGUCCUGAAAGGUAAGUUAAGUUUAAUCUUAUUGGGUUCCUUAGGAUUAGAGGUUUGGGUGAUGAAUGGGAAAUCUUGGUAUAAAGAGAGAACUAUCCAACAAAACAUAAGAACUAUUCUUAGAUCGUAUCCCGUGUGUCUCAUAGAUGGUUUAAAAGAUACUGGUAUUUUGAUAGUCCAUGAUGAAGCAACAAAAAAGCUUCUGGCCUAUUGUCUUAACACGAAUGCUACUCUACACCUAAAUUGUCGGGCCGACUUCUUUACCAUAAUGACUUAUCGUCCUAGCUUUGUUAAACUCCACAGCUUUCAGAGAGUUGAUUUCCGGUACGACAAGGUAACGAAACAGCAUUAUUAUUUCUUUUGA